CCCCGACAAUAUCUGCACUAGAAGUUCAUGCACGUGCCUAGGUUAAGACACGGCACAAUUUUAUAGAUCGUUGUGUAGAGAAAAUGGCGUCUCUCACAGGAGUUCGUUUUUUAAUGAGAAAUACCAGUACUCUUAAAAAUUCAAUCAGUCGACCAUGCUUACGUGGUGUUAUUACACAACUUCAGUUAAACGAAAAAUAUUUUCAUUGUAAACGACAAAGUACCAUUAAAGUUUUACCGCAGGGCCCACGAGUCAAGCAGGUGCGUCACUACAGUCAUAAGGCACCAUUAUCACUUGAGCUUAUUAAGGAGCGUGUGCUUUUAGUACUCAAUCUCUAUGAUAAAAUUGAUCAAAACAAGUUAACCCUGGAAUCCCAUUUUAUGAAUGACUUGGGUCUGGAUUCUUUGGAUCACAUAGAAGUUAUAAUGGCAAUAGAAGAUGAAUUUGGUUUUGAAAUACCAGAUAUGGAUGCAGAGAAAUUAUUACGACCAGCAGAUAUAGUACGUUAUGUUGCAGACAAAGAAGAUAUUUAUGAAUAAAUAUCUACAUAAAAGUUACCACUUUAUAGUCAGAUAUUUUUAUUUUUAACAUAUUGUAUAAGAAAAACAUUUUUGAAUUUUGUUUUGCCUG